GUCCUGACCACCGAAUGUUGAAACAAAAAAAAUACAAGCUACAAUUUCUGCCCAGAGAGUAAAAUGCUGCAAAACUACAACUCCCAUCAUGCCGAUGCAGCGAAGUGUUGUAGUUCGGGUGUAAUCAUCCCGGUUGGGACACUGUGUUCUUCAUUACACCGGUGCAGAAAGAGUUAAUGGUUAGUCGGGCCGGAGGUCACAUGAUCCUGAGGGUGAAGUCCUCCGCGCAUGCGCCAUGCUGUCAGUGUCCCUGCGGGCGGCUCGGCGGUUGGUCCCGGUCGCAGUGCUCGGCUCCGCCAUGUCCCGCUCACCCGCCGCCGUUCCUUCGUCCCCUCUCCCCCGCACGGUCCUGGGCACCAUGGAGUUCGGACGCCGCAUGGACGCUCAGGCCAGCGGAGCGGCGGUGCAGGAGUUCCGGAGACGCGGACACGACGAGCUGGACACCGCCUUCAUGUACGGGGACGGGGAGACCGAGAGGGUGCUGGGGACACUCGGCCUGGACGCGGGAGUGAAGAUGGCGACUAAAGCCAACCCCUGGGAAGGGAAGACCCUGAAACGGCAGAGCGUGCGCGACCAGCUGGAGACCUCGCUGCAGCGGCUGAACAUGUCCAGCGUCCAGAUCUUCUACCUCCAUGCGCCCGACCACCAGACCCCGGUGGAGGAGACAUUGGAGGCCUGCCAGGAGCUGUACAAGGAGGGAAAGUUUAAGGAGCUGGGUCUGUCCAACUACGCGUCCUGGGAGGUGAUGGAGAUUUACCGCAUCUGUAAGGAGAGGAGCUGGGUGCUGCCGACCGUCUACCAGGGUAUGUACAACGCCACCACAAGACAAGUGGAGACGGAGCUCCUCCCCUGUCUGCGCCAACUCGGGAUCCGCUUCUACGCCUACAAUCCGCUGGCAGGGGGGCUUCUGACCGGCAAAUACAAAUACGAGGACAAGGAUACGGCGGAGCAGACGCCCUCCAGGUUCUUUGGGAACAGUUGGGCAGACACCUACAGGAACAGAUACUGGAAGAAGUAUCAUUUCCAGGCUAUUGACCGAGUGCAGAAGGCGCUGGAGGAGGCGUAUGGCAAAGACCGACCCAGUCUGACGGCCGCUGCUCUCCGCUGGAUGUAUCACCAUUCCAAACUACAGGGGAGUCGGGAAGACGCUGUGAUCCUGGGGAUGUCCAGUACGGAGCAGCUGGUGCAGAACCUGGACGGGGCGGAGGGUGGGCCCCUGCUUCCCCCCGUGGUCAGCGCCUUCGAUGACGCCUGGAACCUGGUCGCCCACGACUGUCCAAACUAUUUCCGCUAGAACAUUUCACAGGAUCGGCCUCAUCUGUAGCGUCAUUUCUAUGCACUUUGUCUGAACACGAGACGCAACUGGAAAUGUAUAAAUAAUUUCAUUAUAA